CACAACGCGAUCAAACAGCUUUCCAACCGAAGUCAUACUCAUACCACAUCCCCAACCACGACUCUGCACAAAUCUCAUAAAAUGGCCUCCACCAACCCAGCCAACUUCGCCAACCGCCCAACUGAGGAGGUCAAGGCCAUCGCCUCGAUGGGCGGCAAGGCCUCUCAUGGCGGACAUUCCACGAACGGCGACUCCAGCUCCAAGGACGAUCAUCUCCCCGGUCGCAACCCAGACGGCACCUUCACCAAGGGCAGUGAGGCUGCAAAGGAAGCCGGUCACCUCGGUGGCUUGCACUCUCAUCAGAACGACGGAGAGAAGACUGAGACCACCGCCGACUCUCACCCAUCGGGCCGCAACUCCGACGGCACGUUCACCAAGGGCAGUGAAGCUGCCAAAGAGGCUGGACACCUCGGUGGGCUCCAUGCUGCAGGCAAGACGGGCGAGGGUGCAGACCAAACUGAAGGCGGCGCUUUGCCAGGCCGCAACCCAGACGGUACCUUCACCAAGGGCUCCGAGGCAGCCAAGGAGGCGGGUCACAAGGGAGGAAUGGCCUGAGUAGCUUGCUGUUGACUAGACUCCGUCACGUUCGUCAACACACCAAGAUUGGAGACUCCACGACGGCGCAAUAGUGGCCGCGAACACAGCGCGGGACUGCACGCUUUAGCAGCAUCUCACUAGAUAGCCUGCACGAAUUACGGUCGAUUCACA